CGCGGUGGUCGAGCCGGUUCGUCACUUCCGGCUUGGGACCGAACGCAAGGGGGAAUAUCAAGGCCUCGCUUCCGGUUGUUCCUCCUUUUCGGCAGCGGCUAUUUCCUCGCCAACAUGCCACUCGCGAAAGACUUGUUGCACCCAUCUCCAGAGGAGACAAGGAGGAGGCACAAGAAGAAGCGCCUUGUUCAAAGUCCCAACUCUUAUUUCAUGGAUGUCAAAUGUCCAGGAUGCUACAAGAUCACAACAGUGUUCAGCCACGCGCAGACUGUCGUGCUGUGCGUCGGCUGCUCGACGGUCUUGUGUCAGCCCACAGGCGGAAAAGCACGUUUAACAGAGGGGUGCUCGUUCAGGAGAAAGCAGCACUAAAAUGUUUCUGGAACUGAAGUGGUGACAAAGGGACGGAGCGCGGGAGAAAGACGCCACCAUGGCAUGAGAUGUAACCGCCGCCCUCAGUUUCUUGUUUCUCAAUAAAAUGUUUUGGCUAAACGA